GUUGUUUUCCGGAGGAAGAUACUGUCUGUUCAGGAUCGUGGACGAUUACAAGUUUCAUUGUCAGUUUAAUAUCAACAGCUGGUUCUCCAAAUACAUUGAUUGAACACCUUUGGAAUUGCUUCUCCUAAAAUCGUUAAUCUGCAGUGUUGCUGGUGGCCUAUUAACUUGAACUUUGACAAUUGUUUGGCAUUCAUUCACACUAUGAGCAGAAGGAAAUCUACACUAAAACUUACAACAGGUGAAUGUAUUGAUGAAGUCCAGCGAUUACUACGAGAGAAACUUAGUCACGAUAGUGUGACUACUCAAGUAUUUGGACUGGAAACCCAAAGAAGACAUCUUCUUGAUAUUAUUAAGCGAUGCGUUAACAUGGGUGAGAGUAACUCUGCCAUCAUCAUUGGACCAAGAGGUAGUGGUAAGAGUAUGAUUUUGAAGAGCAUUUUGGAAGAAGUCAAGUUAGAAGAUAAUGUUCAGGAUAAUUUACUAGAAGUUCAUCUAAACGGUUUGUUGCAGACUGAUGAUAAGGUAGCAUUAAAGGAAAUCACCAGACAAUUACAACUUGAAAACACAGUGGGAGAUAAAGUAUUUGGUUCUUUUGCUGAAACACUGUCAUUUUUGCUUGAAGCUUUGAAGAGUGACAAGAAGACUUCAAGACCUGUUUUAUUUAUUCUGGAUGAAUUUGAUUUAUUUGCACAUCAUAAAAACCAGACGUUACUCUAUAAUUUAUUUGACAUAUCUCAGUCUGCUCAGACCCCAAUCGCUGUAUUCGGAUUGACCUGUAGACUGGAUGUUAUUGAGUUGUUGGAGAAGAGAGUGAAAUCACGUUUUUCACAUCGACAAAUUCAUAUCUUCAGUUCACUAUCAUUUGACGAAUACAUUGAUGCAUUCCUCGAUAUUCUUAGUUUGCCGAAAACAUUUCCUGAUAAGAAUUUCACUAAAGAAUGGAAUUCACAUAUCCAGUCGCUGAAUGACGAUAAUAUUACAAUUGAUGUCUUAAGAAGAAUAUAUCAAAAUAAUAAAAGUAUUGGAGCUCUGAAACGUCUAUUGCUACUCCCAGUUUGUAGAUUGAGUGAAGAUCACCCUUUUAUACGUAGCACAGACCUGCUUGAAUCCUGCCAGUACUUAACCAUGGAUUCCAAAGCAGCCAUGCUACAUGGAGUGUCCGUUCUUGAGUUGUGUUUGAUAAUUGCUAUGAAACAUCUAACAACUUUAUAUGACGGUGAUCCAGUGAACUUUCAGAUGGUCUAUAAUGAAUAUCAGAAAUUUAUUCAAAGAAGAGGACAUUCUGUACAAUGUUAUGAAAAAGCUGUUGUUUUGAAGGCUUUUGAGCAUCUACUGGCCCUUGAGAUGAUCAAACCAGCUGAUGGAGGGCAAAGGUCACAGAAGGAAUACCGUCCUAUGAUGCUGUUAGUUGACGCUAUGCAAAUUGAUGAUGCUUUACAGAAAUACCCAAACUGUCCAACAGAAGUAAAACAGUGGAACAUGACAGAGUUUCAUGCUUGAUUGAGCAAUCAAUUAUUAGUUCACUGACUUUUUUAAUAGAAGAGGUGAAUAAAAUGUGACGUACAGUGAGACCUGUUCCAAUUGAACCUCUGUG